AUGUCUGGUAUUAUUCUUCUAGUUGUCUAUGUUGAUGAUAUUGUGAUUACAGGAGAUGAUUGUACUGAAAUUUCUUCUCUCAAGCAGUUUUUACAUACCAAGUUUCAUACCAAAGACUUGGGACAACUGAAAUACUUCUUUGGUGUAGAAGUAGCUAGAAGUAAGAAUGUGAUUUUCUUAUCUCAAAGAAAGUAUGUACUUGACCUACUUGCAGAAACUGGUAAGUUGGGAGCGAAACCGUGUGGCACACCAAUGGCUCCUAAUGCACAUCUUACUAAGGAUGAUGCUGAACCUUUUGAUGAUCCAGAAAGAUACAGAAGGUUGGUUGGGAAACUAAACUACCUUACUAUGACUCGUCUAGAUAUUGCCUAUGCAUUCAAUAUUGUUAGUCAAUUUAUGUCUAUACCAACAGUCAAACAUUGGGCUGCCUUGGAACAAAUUCUAUGUUAUUUGAAAGGAGCCCCUGACCUUGACAUAUUGUAUAGCGACCACAUACAUACUCGUGUUGAAUGUUUUGCAGAUGCAGAUUGGGUAGGAUCAAGAAUUGAUAAAAGAUUGACUACUGGCUGUUGCGUCUUUGUUGGUGGAAAUCUAGUAUCUUGGAGGAGUAAGAAACAAAAUGUUGUAUCUCGAUCUAGUGCAGAGUCCGAGUAUAGAGUUAUGGCUCAGUCCACAUGUGAAAUACUAUGGAUACAACACCUUUUAGCUGAGGUUGGUUUGAAUCCUUCUUUUCCAGCAAAACUUUGGUGUGAUAAUCAGGCUGCUCUACACAUUGCCUUAAAUCCAGUGUAUCAUGAAUGGACAACACAUAUUGAGGUCGAUUGUCACUUUGUCCAUGAGAGGAUUGAAGAGAACGUCAUUUCUACUGGCUAUGUGAACACAUGA